GCCUCGGUCUGGCUUCCCGCUGGAGUGCGGGAUUGGUGCUCCGCGCGCCAUGGAGGGCGACGUCCUGGGGGAGGAAGCUCUGCUGCGGAAGCUCAGGGACAGCCGCCGCCGCUUCCAGAAGCGCAUGCAGCGGCUGAUAGAGAAGUACAACCAGCCCUUCGAGGAUGCCCCGCUGGUGCAGAUGUCCACGCUGACCUACGACACGCCCGAGGGAUUGAGAAUUUGGGGUGGAAGACUUGUAAAGGAAAGAAACAAGGAACAAAUCCAGGUACUAACUAUCAAAUUUUAUUGCCAGCAUUCCUUGCCGAGGGGGAAUACUGAUGUUAAUAAAGGUGUGGACCUGGCCAUAGUGCCUAGAAAUGCCGGUGUCUCAGUACAAGGGACCAGUGGUACCAGCCUCUCGAGCAGCCAGUCCUUCGAGGCCGACGACAUUUGCGACAUGACCAUCAGCGACAUGUAUGCGGGCAUGCUGCACUCAAUGAGCCGGCUGCUGAGUGCAAAGCCAUCAUGCAUCAUCUCCACCAAGACGUUCAUCCUUCAAAACUGGAACUCCAGGAGGAGGCACAGGUGCAAGAGCAGGAUGAACAGGACGUACUGCCGAGCAGUUCAGUUUGUGCGGCUCUCUUAA